CAGGACAGUACUGAAUAGAAAGCGAUGACAGCCACUUUCGAGCAGUUAAAGGAGGAAGCUGACUCGCACAACGUUAGCAGGAAGAAUGCUCCCCUCUGUAGAGUUUGUGAACGAGGAUAUGACGGUUCACAGCAUUUCGGAAUUGAGGUGUGUCGAGCUUGUGCAGCAUUCUUUCGUCGAGCAGUUGAAGGUCGCAAGAAGUUUGUCUGUCGCAAAGGUGGUGACCGCUGCCAGCUUAACGCACCUCGAAAGGUAACGUGUCAAAAAUGUCGAUUUAUGCAAUGUCUGAAAGUUGGACUUCAGCCUGAAUUAGUCCAAUGUAAGCGCCUGUCCCCACACUACGACACAGCUUACUCUCCCGAAUUCAAGACGGAAGUCCCGUCGACGUCCAGUGAACUGGUGCCUUUACGAAACAGUGGUUUGGACGUCGUUCCCAUCGCCAAUGAUGCUAACUCGCUUUUUCACUCUACGAUAUUCCGUCCUAUUCCUACCGUAAAUCCUGUCUACUCAUUCGAUUCUACCAGCGCAAGGCCAAACCUCAUUUACAGGGUGCUUCAAAAUUAUAGGAGGAUGUAUGAUGAGCGAUGGGUAAUGGAGCUCGAUAUGCCGGGAAACGAGAAUGCACCCACCUAUUCCGCUGUUGGCAAGGUUUUCUACUUAGCUUCACUGUCGCGUCUGUCCACAAUUAUGCGCAAGCAGAUGGCUUAUAUCUACAGAUUUAUACAAGAAACGUUCGACGAUUUUGCUUGCUUUAAUCAAGCUGAACAGCAAAUGAUAGUGCAUCGAUUCAUGACAUGCCUCUGGGAAUUGGAAGGCUCGUACUGGACUUACCGAAACAUUCCAGCUCAAGCAGAUGAAAAGAUGAUGCUCACUCUGACCACCUAUAGCGACAUGGAGAACCUAGAAUAUUUGAUAAUGGACAAGAAGGAACCGCAAGAUCUUUGCCAAUUGAAACAGGUGAUCAUCUCAUUACAAAAUCAUGUGCGCUCCACCUUGAUCAAUCAAAUGCGAAGUUUCAUCCUUUCUGAAGUGGAAUUUGUCGCCUUACUAGCGUUGAGUCUAUGGUCACAAAGGAACUUACGCGGUCAUGAGAAAGCCGAACGAGUUGCUAGCAAGUACAGAGCUCAGAUCUUCUAUGAUUUACAUGAACAUUACAGGGAAGAGCGAAAGAUGGACAACUACGCAAACAGAUUUGGAGACUUGAUGUGCCUAUUCGUCGAUGCACAGAUGAAUGCCACCAGAAUCGGAGAGGACAUCGAGUUAUUGAAACUGUUCAAUAUGUACAACGUUGAAACUUAUGUUUACGACUGUCUUCGAGGCAAUAUGAAAACAAGAGGAUAUCUGAGAUGAUUACUCGAAUGAGUAUUGACUUGUUUGAUUGCA